UCAGCGGUCUCUGAUUUCUUUUUAUUGGAGAAACUUGGACCGAGUGGCACAGAGGCGCUUCCGAUAAGUGAACGGUUGCUGAACGCUGCGAGGUCUUAAGGUUACAAUCAUCGUUGGACAAAGGGGACCCUCUCGAGGCAUAAAUAGAUCAGUUCCUCCUUUCCUCCUCACCAGAAGAGUUUAGCUGCCAGCAAACACAGGUGCCUCUGUCUUCCCCGGACUCGUCUGCAGACUUGGAGAGGAGAACAUGAUUUUGUCGUACCAGUCCUACAAAGUUGUCCUGACCGUGUUAUGGAUUGUUGGUUAUUCCAGCUGUCUUCCCCUGAAUGAAGAUCCUAUUUGCACUGCCGAGGAGAUUGCUAAGUAUAGAAUAGCCUUCACUGGUAAAUGGAACCAGGCCUCCUUCCCUAAACAAUAUCCCCUGUUCAGGCCCCCGGCUCAGUGGUCAUCAUUGUUGGGGGUGAGUCACAGCUCUGACUACCACAUGUGGAAAAAAAAUAACCACGCCAGCAAUGGAGUGCGUGACUUCGCAGAAAAAGGCGAAGCCUGGACCCUAAUGAAAGAAAUAGAGGCAGCUGGGGAGAAAAUCCAAAGCGUGCAUGGCAUUUUCUCAGCACCGGCCAUCUCCAGCGGGACAGGCCAGUCCUCAACUGAGCUAGAGACACAUUCUAGACACCCAUAUGUUUCAUUUAUGGUAAGAAUUGUGCCAAGUCCUGACUGGUUUGUGGGAAUCAGUAGUCUAAACCUGUGUGGUGGAAAGACUUGGAAACAAAGCGUGUCAAUAGAUCUCCAUCCUUACGAUGCUGGGACUGACAGUGGAUUUACAUUCUCUUCACCAAAUUAUGCCACCAUCCCACAGGGCACCGUGACUGAGAUUACAUCUUCCUCACCGAACCAUCCAGCAAACUCAUUCUUUUACCCUCGCUUAAAGAACCUCCCACCAAUCGCAAAAGUGACAUUUACGAAACUCAAAGGCAAGAUAACAUCGUUCCUUGAUAUAUCAUCAAAUGCGACCACUACAGGGAAUGAGAUCACGGGGACUGUCUUGGAAACACCUUUGGAUUGUGAGGUCUCCUUGUGGUCCCCCUGGGGUCUCUGUAAAGGCAGCUGUGGAUCCACUGGAGUAAAAAGUCGAACCCGCUACAUCCGCAUGAAAGCAGCCAACAAUGGGACAGCUUGUCCAACCCUCAUAGAAGAUAAAGAAUGUGAACCUGAGAACUGCUUAUAGGGUAGAGCAAACAACCAGUAACUUAUUUUAGGAACAUCAUCGAUACCCUAGCUGUACAUGACAUCCAAGACUAUACAAGUGUAUUAUGGUUAUAAAUUGGCUAUAACGAGAAGUUCUUGGGCCCAAUGCAAAAUCUGUAACAGGGCCAAUACCUACCAUGUGCCAUUUUUUUAAAUAAUGAGGCAGAGAGCCCUUUGGCUCCAUUCACCAGGGAUCAGGUAGCUAAACCCCCGUCUAUAACCUGACACUUCCACUUCAGUCUUCAAUAUUAAUAGGAGAAUUGCUGUCUUGGCUAAGAAACUUAAACAGCAAUUCCAUUCAGGCAGAAUUCUCCUACCGUUUCAGGACUAUAUUCUUUGUAUUGUCGUCCAUAGGGGGCAGUAUUACAGCAGGCAGCACUGGUAAAGUCCAGAAGGUCUACAGAAAUUAUAACCAUGUUCUUAUCACUUCCGUUCCCCCACUAUUUUAGGUAGGUCAUAUAAUGCAACCAGCAGGGGGCAGCAAAGACCAGCAGAGAAUGCUCCUUCCAGGGGAAAGAUAUUAUGAAAUCUGUGCUCAAAAUAUCCUCAUCAUGCAAUUAGAAAUAUUAAUGUAGUUAAUGGAGUUGCUCUUUAAGAAGAAAAUAAAGUGGAGUCCUGAAACCAGACCUCCUGUUACAAUAACAUAUCAUCAGAAUAAUAUACUUCUUUAGUCUACCUAUCCACACACACACCGCAAACUUCCGCUGAUGCCGCGGUCCCGUUGUUGACCAUGCUGGAAGAAUUUAUCACUUUAGAAAAUGAGAACCUAUUGUUCUUAAGGGGGUAUUUCAGUGUCAGCAAAUAAAGCUCAUUCAUUGCUCAUAUAUUGCAUAACUGCAAUUUUCUAACGUACUUUGUCGAUCUCUCAAUGUUUUCAGCUUGCUGUUAGUUAAUGGAAACUGUAAUAGUUAAAGGCUAUGUACACCUUUGGGGGGAAUUUUUUUUAUUAUUGUACUUAUUUUGAGCUAAAAAUAUUUUUUUCAAUUGGUCUUUAUUAAAAAUAUGAAAUCCU